UCGUUUUUGGAUCCGUUUGUAAAAAAUCUACCUGUUGGCAAUUCCGAUGGAGAUUUGCAAUUAUUCACGGAGUUGUCGCUAAGCAAAGUGGACGUCAAGGUAUUAUUAAUAACUGCAUCGUUGUGGUCAAAGCAAAAAACAGUCAGCAUGGAAAAGCAGUUGCCGAAACUGGGUUUCGCUUUUCCUUCAGCGUUUUCACAGCCAAGCCGUAUUAUGCUCAAAUUUUGGGACUUCCUCGUAGCAGCGUUCGUUAACAGUGAAACUCGCCCAAGCUUGAGCUGUGCGGAGAAAAGUCUGGUUAUAUCGGCAUUAGAAGCAUCGCGGUUGCGCGGAGAAACUCCCGAUUUACAGAUUCUGAACAGUGUUUGCAAGUGGCUUACUGCCAACGGGAAAUCACUUGGCGAUGUGAACGGGAACUGGUCGAAAUUGUAUGGCCGAAUUUGUGCGGAUCUUACCACCAUGUGA